AUGGCUAGAGGGGGGGUUAGUCCAGUGGUAGGUCAGGCCGAGGUAAGCACCUCAGGAAGCGGAGAUGUUGCAAGGGUGAAUGGUCAGCUGGCUGUAUCUCGAGCUUUCGGAGACAAGAAUCUCAAGACACACUUGAGGUCCGAUCCAGAUGUCCGAAGUUCUGAUGUUGGAUCAGAAACUGAUGUUCUCAUCCUUGCAAGUGACGGUCUAUGGAAGGUCAUGUCUAAUCAAGAGGCAGUUGAUAUUGCCAGAAAGACAAAAGACCCGCAUAAGGCAGCCAAACAAUUAGUAGCCGAGGCAUUAAACAGAGACAGCAAGGAUGACAUAUCCUGCAUCGUGGUUCGUCUCAAGGGGUGA